AUGGCAAGCUCCGGCCAAUCGCUACGUCCUUGUCUUGGGUGCAGAGAGCAUAAUAUAUUUCAGACCUCCUCGCUGACGGGAAUUUACUGGGUGGUCAGUGAAGGGCAACGCAGUAGCGAGAACCUGCAAGCUCAAGAGGGAAGUAUGGAAAAGAGAACGAAGAAAUUGAUUCACCUAUUCCAUUGUGCGGAAGCGGAAGAGCUCGCUCGGAAGGUGGCGGAGCAAUCAGAUGCUAUUCAGCUUCGGUCCAUCGCUUGGAGAAGCUUCGAUGAUGGUUUCCCAAAUCUCUUUAUCAAUGAUGCGCAUGGUAUCAGGGGACAACAUGUUGCCUUUUUAGCCUCAUUCAGCUCACCGGCAGUUAUCUUUGAGCAAAUAUCUGCAAUAUUUGCUUUACCAAAACUUUUUAUUGCUUCAUUCACAUUGGUUCUACCUUUCUUUCCUACUGGAUCUUUUGAGCGAAUGGAAGAAGAGGGAGAUGUUGCAACUGCAUUCACUAUGGCACGAAUACUCUCUAUGAUACCCAAGUCCAGGGGCGGUCCUACUAGUGUAGUUAUCUAUGAUAUACAUGCUUUGCAGGAAAGGUUCUAUUUUGGAGAUGACGUUUUACCAUGCUUUGAAAGCGGGAUCCCACUCCUGUUACAGCGUCUCCGCCAACUCGCUGAUGCUGAUAAUAUAACUAUAGCAUUCCCUGAUGAUGGAGCUUGGAAGAGAUUUCACAAACAGUUGCAGCAUUUUCCCAUGAUUGUCUGUGCAAAGGUUCGUGAGGGUGAUAAACGGAUAGUUCGAAUCAAAGAAGGAAAUCCUAAUGGUCAGCAUGUUGUUAUUGUUGAUGAUUUGGUGCAAUCUGGAGGCACUCUUAUUGAAUGCCAGAAAGUUUUGGCAAGUCAAGGAGCUGCUAAAGUUAGUGCUUAUGUGACUCAUGGUGUUUUCCCCAAGCAAUCAUGGAAACUCUUUUUGCAAAAUAAUUCCAAGGACCUUAGUAACUGGUUCACUUAUUUCUGGAUCACUGACUCUUGCCCGCUUACUGCUAAAGCCAUUGCUGAUAAGCCUCCAUUUGAGGUGCUGAGUCUUGCCAGCUCCAUUGCAGAUGCCCUUCAGAUCUGAGAAUUCUUGUGCAGAGAAGUGAUUCUGAUACCUCAAAACAAUCUCUUUAACUCCCAAAUUUUUUGAAGCUGCAACAGCAUGUGAUGCUUACUGCCAAUAUUGUUCCCUCGAGUAAUUUAGGUUUUAUUUGGGUUAGCUUUUUUAUUGCUUUUUAAAAUAAAUUUUUAGUACAAAAAUUUUUAAUUCGAGAAAUUUUUGUACUAAUAAAUUGUUUUAAAAAGUAACGAAAAAACUGUCUGAAAUGAAGCUUUAGUCUACUAAUGCUAAGAGAAAUUUAUGAAGCAAUGAAUGUAAGCUAUGCAUCAUUGGUAGUAUUAUUUAUUAUCUUAGAGAGUUUACUCUGUAUUCUGAUCACUAAAGAACAAUAGAUUCUAUAUUCCCAAAAGAAAUAAAGCCAUGGUUUGCUUU